GUGAGACUGUGGGAUCCAUCAACUGGAAAAUCCAUAGGUAGCCCACUAACAGGACAUUCACAAUGUAUAACAUGUUUGGUAUGGGAACCUAUUCAUUUGAAUCCAAAAUGUAGCAGGUUAGCUUCCUCAUCUAAGGAUGGUACAAUUCGAGUUUGGGACACGGUAACUCGUCGUGUCUCCAUUACAAUGUCUCAACAUACUAGUGCUGUCACUUGUAUCAAAUGGGGUGGUGAGGGACUAUUGUAUUCUUCUAGUCGUGAUAAAACUAUAAAAAUCUGGGAUACUACUCAA